CAAAAUGGAAGAUUUGCCGAAGUGUCCUGUCGCUAAUUGAGAUCAAACUGCAAGAAUGUUUGUGAAGAAGUUGAAACUGUACAACUGUUAUAAACACUUUGACCUGACAUAUAACGAUAACGAGGGAGAAAGACUUGUCUCUCCAAAAAUUGUUGCAAAGAAGGUUGGAAUUAUCGAGCAAAUGCUCAGACUCUUUACAUGUUUCACCCAAAAAGAAUGCAACAAUAAGCCUGAUGAGAUAACACUGAAGUUCCAACAAGAGUUCACCCUCCAAGUGCAAAAGCUCAGAGAUGACAUCAUUCACGCUUAUGAACAAGAGUCCUAUCCGGAGUUUAGGGAUCUAAUCGAGAAAGCCAGAAAUAUCCAAGCAGGCAUGGAUGACAAUGAGACUUUCUCGAGAUUUGCUCGCAACAUCAUGUGGAAAAUCAUGCGAGAGAAAAUCGACCAAGAUUCAGAGACCCCAGCUUGGUUUAGUGGGCUAGUACCCAAAAAGCAGAACACGUUUCAGGAAGAACUGAAACAGAAUAAGCUUGCCAUCGAGGCUCAAGAUCAAAAGAACAAGAAGCUGCAACAACAGAAUGAAGAACUCAAAAGAAUUCUGAAAUUAAGAAGCCAAGAAUCUACCUCUGAACAAAGCUCGAGCACUGUAUCCACAAAGAAUGCUCACGGUAGACAGUCCAAACCCAAUGAAUUUAACGAGGAAUCCACUAUGAGGCUCGAAUUGACUAACCCCAAACACAUGGAUUUCUUGAUUAUUCUGAACCGCAGAAUGCCUAUACUAAACAGACUGGACCUGAACGGAGUACCUGCCAACAAUCCGAAGAUCAACACCUUCCUGAAAUAUUGUUUUCCUGUAGAACUGAAGUUCUUUAACUUCAACUGCUCUUCUCCUCUGUCUUCAGACCUGGACUUUUACGUGGACGCAUUGGCAGGAGCAAGUGCCUGGGUCCGUGAAGUGUAUUCCAUCUACAACUUUGAAGUCUGUGAGCCUCAGCUAAAGACGCUUGUCUGUGCCAGCAAGCACAUGCUAAGACUCGGAUUCCAGUAUUGUAAGUUCUACCUUCCAACUGUUCCUGACUUCGGAGGCAAGUUGAAAGGCAGUGUUCUCAAAGUGUUGGAUUUGAGCUCUUGAGGAAGAAAGGACUACAGUAACUGGGUCAAAAACCAAGUCUACUUCGAAAACCUGAUAGAAGGUCUCUCGAAGGAAGAAGACUUCAGAGCCAGCCUGCAGAAGAUCUGGUUGAACCAGUGCGGAAUGCAGCUGAAGAUAGUAAAGAGAAUCAUGAGCAAGCACGGGUUCGCCCACGUAGAAAUUUGAGGCCACACCAAGUAACUCAGAAGCCAAAAUAUUUCAGAUG